AUGAUAAGUCCUUCGACAACAACACUAUCACCGAACAAUCGAUCACGUGUGAAACUGUAUACUUUAAACGAGGAACGUCAAUGGGACGAUCGUGGCACUGGCUUUGUAACUUGUACUACACCAACAGCACCCAACACAACUCAUGCACUUAUUGUUAAAUCUGAAGUUGAUGGUUCAACAUUACUAGAUUCAAAAAUUCUACUAAAUACCAAAUAUCAAAAACAACAAGAAACAUUAGUCGUUUGGUCAGAAGGAGAUAAACAUGAUCUAGCACUGAGCUUUCAAGAGAAAGCUGGUUGUGACGACAUCUGGGAAAAUAUAUGUUAUGUUCAAGGCAAAGAGUCUUCACCAUUUUUAACCACUGCAAAUAAUUUAACAUCUGAUUCUAACGGUACGACAGUCUAUGACUCAGACGAUGAAUGCGCCGGCGAAUCCAAUGAUAAUUAUUUGCCUUCAUCAAUAAUAUUACCACCAGUUGAUUUAUCUCAUCUACGUGAUAUAUGUGAUUUAUUUAGUCCAGAUAAAGUUCGUGAUGCAUCACGUCGUGAUUUGUUAGCACGUGCAAUUGAAUCUGGAAAUUAUUUACGAAAAUUAAUUGAUCUUUUUCAUAUAUGUGAAGAUUUAGAAAAUCUUGAAUCAUUACAUCAACUAUACGAAAUCAUACGUUCAAUGUUCUAUUUAAAUAAAUCAAGUCUAUUUCAAUUAUUAUUUAGUGAAGAAUUUAUUUUGGAUGUUAUUGGCUGUUUAGAAUAUGAUUCACAAUUAAAUUAUCAUGAAAAACGUAAUCAUAGAGAAUUUUUAGAUACCAAAGCAACAUUUCGAGAAGUUAUACCUAUUAUAAAUCAAGAAUUACUAUCGAAAAUUCAUCAAACCUACAGAGUACAAUAUAUACAAGAUGCAAUUCUACCAGCACCGAGUCUAUUCGAAGAAAAUCUAUUAUCAACAAUGAAUAGUUUUUUAUUUUUUAAUAAAGUUGAUAUUGUUACAUUAUUAUACGAAGAUCCUAAAUUCCUUAGUCAAUUAUUUGCAACACUGAAAGAUGAAAAUUUAUCAGAUGAAAAACGUAAAGAUCUUAUGUUAUUUCUUAAAGAGUUUUGUGUUUUUUCACAAACUUUACAACAACAAAAUAGAGACAAUUUUUUCCAAGCACUCGCUACUCAUGGUAUAUUAAACGUCAUACAAGUAAUGCUUAGUUUGGAUGAUGUAACAACAAAACAAGCCGCACUGGAUGUAUUUGCAUCUAUAGUUGAAUGUAAUCCAUCUACUGUACGUGAAUACAUGCUGCAAGAAACUCAAUCAAUACAAGACGACGAUGAAUUACUACUUAAUCUUGUUAUUAGCGAAAUUCAAAGUGAUCCCGAUCCAGAAUUAAGUGGCGCACUUAAUUUAAUGAACUAUCUUAAAUUAUUAAUUGAUCCUGAAAAUAUGAUGGCUGUGGUCAUAAGUGAAAAAACGGAAUUUUUAUCAUUUUUCUAUUUUCGAUCAAUGUCUGUAUUACUCGCUCCACUUAUGGCUAAUACAUCUGAUCUUAGAUUAACUCGCGAUGAUUUUCAUAUUGCUCAAUUGCAAAAUUUAAUACUUGAUUUUGUUACAUUUUGUAUUGAACAUCAUACAUAUCAUAUGAGAAAUUUUCUUAACAAAAAAGAUUUACUACGACGUGUACUUGUAUUAUUACAAUCUAAACAUCAAUUUCUUCAACUAAGUGCACUGCGGUUCUUGCGAAAAAUUGUUGGCCUUAAAGAUGAACAGUACAAUUUAGCAAUUGUUCGCAAUAAUUAUUUUGCACCUAUUGUCGAUUCAUUUAAGGCUAAUAAACGACGUUAUAAUCUAUUAAAUUCAGCUUUAAUUGAAUUGUUUGAAUUUCUUCGACAUGAAGAUGUUAAAAUAUUAAUCAAUUAUUUUGUUGAAAAUUUCUAUUCCGAAUUUGAAUCUGUAAAUUAUGUCAAAACAUUUCAUGAGUUAAAAAUACGAUAUGAAGCUCAUCGAGAUCGGCGAGAACGAAUGCUUAGUGAUAGUUCACCGAUUGGUUCAUCACGUCUACAUGAUAAUUUAAAUAAUAGUCAUCUAUUACCAAUGCAACAUUUUAAUCAAACCCAACGUCAUCGAAAAGAUGAUCGUGAUCUAGAUGCUGAAGAAGAAAAUUGGUUUAAUGACGAUGAUGAUGAAAAUAAAAUCUCAUUAGUUAACCGUGGUACUGUGUAUAAUGGUGGCUCGGAUGAUGAAGACAGUCAACCCGAAACCAGUGGAACAACGAGUGCAAUUUCAACGAAUGAACCUAUUCGAUCUCAUCAUUUUCGCGCAGAUCAUGAUGAGGAUGGAAUGCCAAUGACGACUACCGGAAAAAAAUCAAGAGCGUCGCGUUCUCAGUACAACAAACCAGUAAUCAGUAUUCAUAUUCGACGUUCACCAAUAUCUUCUGUUGGCCAAUUACCUCCAUCGUCAUCUAUAAGUGCUGAAAAUGAUCCACCAGCAGCACUUCGAGUUGAUGUUCCUUCGACAACGACAAAUGGUUCUUCAAGUUCAUCGUCACCUCGAUCCAAUGAGCCAACAUCGACAUAUGCUAUGAGUCCUGGCUUAUCGAAUAUUGCUGAUCAAUAUAAUGACGAUGAAAAUGAACAAGAAGGAGACAUUGAAAAUGAUGUAUUUACAAAGUCCAAUGAGCUCAAUACCAAUGGUAAUAACAGUGAUUCAUGUUCAUCGACGACACGUAAACGUAAAAUUGAACAUGAUCACGAUGAUAAUAAUAAUAACAAUAAUGAUGAUCACGUAUCUUCAUCAGUACCGAAUGACGAUAAUGCAUCUCUGUUAAAUGAUAACAAUAAUACUGAACAAAACAAAGUGUUUAAGCGGAAUAAUGAUGAAUCAACAAAGUGA